AUGUUUUCAAAUGAUGAAGAAGCUGAAAUUUCUCAGAGAGAUAGCAAAGAAUCUGUUGAGGAGGGCUCCAGUUCCCACUCGAAAAGCAAAGAGGAAGGAAAGACGACCCAAGAAGCUGCUUCAAAACAACAAAAUGGCUCUUCUUCUGAUGUUGAAAGUCUCCAGCAAAAUGAAUUGAUUGAGAAGCAGUCCCAUUUUUUCUUCGGUCAGAUAUUCACUGACGAGGACGUUAUUACGUUGCUUCAAGGUCAAAUAGAUUUUAAGUCUGAGCAUGGGGAUGAAAGUAAGACCGAGUUUCAUUUGUUUGUUAAGGACAAGCUUCAUAUGGAGUUUACUAAGCUUCAAGUCACUGAAAAACUUCGGAGACUUAAAACAAAACAAAUAGUGCUCUCGGAAGAAAAAGAACAAAAUGUGGAAAAAGAAAUCUUAGAGGAUGAAGUGGACGUGGAAUCAAAUUACCCAUUAUUGCCUCAGUCUUUCCAAAUGAAUAUUGGAGGAAUCAUCUCUUCGGAUAUGCUCAAGACGAUUUGGGCGAUGAUGGGAAGUGAUAAGGCACGACACUUUGAGGCAGAAUGGAGAAAUCUUAUGAUACAGGAGCUUGAGCUGCACCUUAAAGAGACUGAGCUGGUUCUGAAAGUUCUCAAGGGUUUUCAUUUGUUCUGUCACUAG